AUGACUGCUGCCUGGAAAGCCGCUGGCUUGACCUACAACCGCUACCUGGCGAUUGCCGGCCGCACCCUGCGCCGGUCGCUCAAGGAAGGCCCCCGUCUCCAGGCUGAGCGCCGAGGCCAGAUGGAUCUGCGCUUCGCCAAGUGGCAGAACGGCAAGCAGGGAGACGCUCAAUCGCUCGCCCAGGCCAACGACGCUGCCAUCGCCCAGCAGGCCGAGAAAUAG